GUCGUCUUACAGGCAAGAUUCUUGUGACAAGCAAACAUCAGGUAAAGGUUUGCCAGCAACGUAUCUUCAUCAGAAAUCGAUGCUUGAGAUCAUAGAAUUAACCUAUCGCUGGUAUCCAUCGCCAUCUGAACCCCGCGCGUUGCUCCAUUCGGAAUGUCCAUGCGACGAUGAAAACCAAUAAGGUGGUAGGUAGGUGGGGUACAGACAUGAAAUAUAUGCAUCUUCUAAUAGGAGCCACGAUAAGAUUAUGCGAUUUUUCCAGAGAAGGUGUCCAAUAGAUUGUGAUGGAAAGUUAUCGUGCAAUGAAUAGUUAUUCAUAAUUGAAAUACUUAGAUCUUGGCUCAGGAUCAGGUAGGUUAGAGAUAAAUCUUACAUAUAUUGAGCGGUUCCUUCGUCUAUCAUCCGUUUGCCUUCUUUUCCUUUCCUCUGUACUCUUUCCUGCCAGAUUGUGUUGGAUUCAAACAUACCAUCUCACACAAUAUGUCGACAGAACAAGCACCAGUCUCCCUCCCGUUCGUGGGUGCAAAGAAAACUACUUUGGAGCAUCCUCUGGGUCCAUUGACUGCUUCCGAGAUCUUACAGAGUUCACAGAUCCUUAAGGGUUCAUGGCCUGCUGAGGUUACAAUUCAAUUCAAGUCCAUUACUCUUCAAGAACCAAAUAAGGCGGAAUUAUUUCCAUUUCUCACUGCUGAGCAUUCGGGAUCUGCUCUUCCAAAGAUUGAUAGAAGAAGUUUUGUGGUUUACUAUAUUAAGAAUACCGUGAGUUCGACCGACUGGCUGCUUCAUUACCUAUUUGCUCGAGUGGCAAAUUUCGAAUUUCCUCAACGGUUGAUGUUAACAUGUCUUGCAGGAUAAAUUACAUGAAGCUAUCAUCAAUCUAUCUACUGGACAAGUAGAGAGCAAUGUCAGACUUGGUCCAAACGUCCACAGUAAUGCCGAUGGAGAAGAAAUCAUUGCAGUGGAAUUAGCUGCCCUGGCGGAUGAAGGUGUGAAGGCCGAGAUUGCAAAGCUUCAAUUACCAGAGGGCACCGUAGUUGUUUGUGACCCAUGGAUUUAUGGUGAGUUUACUUAAUACUUCGAAAUGGUCGUUAUACUGACGAUUCUAGGUUCCGAUGGAAUUAAUGAUGGCCUUUUCACCGAUGAUGAGCGCUUCUAUCAAUGUUUCCUCUAUGUUCGGGAUCCAAAGAAUCCCAACGAAGCUGAUAGCAACCAUUAUGCUAUGCCUCUUACUAUUUCUCCAGUCAUCAGUGCAGAGACUAUGAAAGUUACACGUAUCGAUUACAUGCCAACUGGAGCCGAUCACACAACCAAGGAACCAUCUCCAUAUAAAGUCCAACCUGCCAACGAAUAUAUCCCUGAAGCACAAAAUCUCCGAAAAGACCUUAAGCCAUUGAAUGUUAUUCAACCAGAAGGUGCUUCAUUUAAAGUAUCUCAAUUCAGCGAACAAGGGCAUACUGUCGCGUGGCAAAAAUGGACUUUCAAGGUUGGAUUCAACCAGAGAGAAGGCAUGGUUCUUUAUGAUGUUCACUAUGAUGGACGCCCUCUCUUUUACAGAUUAUCUCUUUCAGAUAUGAACAUUCCAUAUGCCGAUCCUCGUAACCCAUUUCACAGAAAGGCCGCCUUCGAUCUCGGUGAUGCAGGUGCUGGUAUCAUGGCAAACAAUCUCCAACUCGGAUGUGAUUGUCUUGGCUCAAUCCAUUACCUCUCGGCCGUUCUCAAUGAUGACAAAGGAGAAGUUCUUGAAAUGCCAAACGUGGUCUGCAUUCACGAGCAAGAUAAUGGUAUCGGAUGGAAACACACCAAUUACAGAACUGGUCGUGCAGCUGUUGUCCGUAACAGAGAACUCGUUCUUCAAUCUAUCAUCACAGUCGCAAACUACGAAUAUAUCCUCGCUUUCCAAUUUAACCAAGCCGGAGAAGUCAUGUAUGAAGUUCGAGCCACCGGCAUUCUUUCAACCCAACCCAUUGACGAAGGUCUCACCGUUCCAUGGGGAACUGUAGUUCACCCAGGUGUUCUCGCUUCUCACCAUCAACACAUCUUCUCUCUCCGCGUAGACCCCAUGAUUGAUGGUCCACUCAACAGCGUCGUCUACGACGAAGCACACCCCAUGCCCCGCAGCGACUUUAACCCUCACGGAGUUGGCUACACCGUAGACAGCACUCCCAUCACCACCUCCGGCGGAUACGAUCUCAACUACGACGUUAACCGCACCUUUAAGAUCCAAAAUUCCUCAAUCAAAAACCCAAUUAACGGAAAACCCGUCGCCUACAAAAUCCACGUUCCUCCUUUCCAAAAAAUGCUCGCAGAUAAAGAUUCUUUCCAUUUCAAACGUGCCGAAUUCGCCGAUCACAAUAUCUACGUUACUUCCUACCGCGAAAAUGAACUCUACGCCGGAGGCAAAUACACAAACCAAUCUCGAGGUGGAACUGGUGUACGUUCUUUCGCAGCUCGAAAGGAUAAUGUACAAGAUGAUGAUAUUGUUGUCUGGGUCCAAUUUGGUAUUAACCAUGUACCAAGAAUUGAGGAUUUCCCAGUUAUGCCUGUUGAAAUUAUCAAGGUGGCUUUGAAACCGGUUAAUUUCUUCACGAAAAAUCCAGCUAUUGAUGUACCUCCUUCAGAACAAAGUUUCAAUAAGAGUGUAUUGGCAAAAGAUAGUGCUGCUCAACAUCAUCAGGAAACUGGUGCUGCUGUGAUUGGAACAAAUGGAGAUGUAUGUUGUGUUAAGGAGGGAAGUAAAUUGUAAGAACAACAAUUUACGAGGUUUGGGUAGGGAGCAUAGGAGUGUGGAGAUGCGAUCUACGAACAAAAUGAUAUGAUGUGAUAUGAUAUGACGAGAGAAAUAGUCUCUACAUAUUCAUCAGUACGGCGUUUGGAAUCAUGGGAAUUUUUCGUCGUAGUUAUUAUUUGUAUGGGAACAAAGGCGUUAGCUUUGGUUAGGUGAUGAAUCAUGGAAAUACCAGGAGAAUGGCUAGCUACCUAUUUACUAUCUAUUCAUGGAUCGAUCUGACGGUAUCUUUUUUGUAGUUGAAAGUCAUGUAGAAAUAUAUACUUAGUAUUGUACUCCAAAAAUUUUGAGGGUUGAUUUGGUUUCGUGAUGG